UUUCAGAAUAUGGAAGAGGAAGGCGAUAAUUCGGAUUCUCUUUGUUUCACGCCGCUCGGAUCAGGCCAAGAAGUUGGUAGAUCAUGCCAUCUACUGGAGUACAAGGGAAAACGUGUAAUGCUCGAUUGUGGAGUCCAUCCAGGACUCCACGGAGUUGAUGCUCUACCAUUCGUGGAUUUCGUUGAAAUAGAAAACAUUGAUCUACUUCUCAUCACUCAUUUUCAUUUGGAUCAUUGUGGUGCACUUCCAUGGUUAUUACAGAAAACAGCAUUCCAGGGAAAAUGUUUCAUGACACAUGCAACUAAAGCCAUCUAUCGAAUGCUUCUCGGUGAUUAUGUACGAAUUUCAAAGUAUGGAGGACCGGAUCGUAAUCAGCUUUAUACUGAAGAUGAUUUGGAGAAAAGUAUGGCGAAAAUUGAAACAAUUGAUUUUCGAGAGCAGAAAGAAGUGAAUGGAAUCAGAUUUUGGCCGUAUGUAGCAGGUCACGUACUUGGUGCAUGCCAAUUUAUGAUUGAAAUUGCUGGAGUUCGUGUUCUCUACACUGGAGAUUUUUCAUGUCUGGAAGAUAGACAUUUGUGUGCAGCAGAGAUUCCUCCAAUUACUCCACAAGUUCUCAUUACUGAAUCCACAUACGGGACACAAACUCAUGAAGAUCGUGCAGUUAGAGAGAAGAGAUUUACACAAAUGGUUCAUGAUAUUGUGACACGUGGAGGUCGUUGUCUAAUUCCAGCUUUUGCAAUUGGUCCAGCUCAAGAGCUUAUGCUUAUUCUUGAUGAAUACUGGGAAUCACAUCAAGAACUUCAUGAUAUUCCGGUUUAUUAUGCAUCAUCACUCGCGAAAAAGUGUAUGUCAGUAUAUCAGACAUUCGUAAACGGAAUGAAUUCUCGUAUUCAAAAACAAAUUGCCGUAAAAAAUCCGUUCAUUUUCAAACAUGUUUCGACUCUCCGUGGAAUGGAUCAAUUUGAAGAUGCUGGACCAUGUGUUGUUCUGGCAACUCCCGGAAUGCUUCAGAGUGGAUUUAGUCGAGAAUUAUUCGAAAGUUGGUGCCCAGAUACGAAGAAUGGAUGUAUUAUUGCUGGUUAUUGUGUCGAAGGAACUCUUGCUAAGCACAUUCUAUCCGAACCCGAGGAGAUCGUCUCAUUGAGUGGAGAAAAGUUGCCAAUGAGAAUGCAAGUCGGCUAUGUCUCAUUCUCAGCUCAUACUGAUUAUCAUCAAACAUCGAAUUUCGUAAAAGCUCUAAAACCUCCACAUUUAGUACUUGUACACGGUGAACUUCAUGAGAUGAGUCGCCUCAAGUCAGGCAUUGAACGACAAUUUCAAGAUGAUAAUAUUCCAAUUGAAGUACACAAUCCCCGCAAUACUGAACGGCUGCAAUUACAGUUUCGAGGUGAAAAAACGGCAAAAGUAAUUGGAAAAUUGGCACAACGAGUACCAGAAAACAAUGAGACUAUCAGCGGAGUUCUCGUCAAAAAUAACUUUUCCUAUUCGAUCAUGGUACCCGAAGAGCUUGGAUCAUACACUUCACUUCGAAUUUCAAGUCUUGAACAAAGAAUGUCUGUUCAUUACUCGGGAUCAUUGAAACUUUUAAUUUUUAAUUUACAACAACUCAAUGAUGAUGCUUGUUUAAUACAAAAUAUUAAGCUUAAAGAAAUAUCCAAGAAAGGAAGUGUCACGCAAGCUAUUACUGUGUUUCAGGGAAAAGUCAACGUAACAGUGUACGGAAAUGAUCAUGUGGUUGUUGUUCGAUGGGAUUCUAAUCCAGUAUAUGAUAUGUAUGCUGAUUCAGUUGUCGCUGCAAUUCUUCAUGCUCAAGCCAAUCCGGUUCCUGAUAAAUAUCUUCCCUCAAAUUCGUCUUUCCCACAAUUCAAUACGGCUAUAGAAGGAAUGGUUAAACAUAUCUGCGGAGACGACGUUUCGAUAGUAAUGAGUGAACGUGGAUUGCUUGCCCAAUUCGAAGAGGAUGGUCGACGUCUCCUGGUAGAAGGAUCUUCCGAUGGUCCAGUUAUGAUGGGUGGUGAUGAUCCGAUGGAUGAUCCGACGACAUCUCAUUUACUUCAGAAUUUGACUGAGAAAAUGCGACAGAUUGUGACUACAAACACAGAAGUGAAUGAGAUUGAUGAUAUGGAAUGUUAGAGUAAGCAGAGUCGAUCGUCACACCAACAAUGAUCUCAAAUUACAUUCUCUUUCUCUAUCUUUUUUUCGUUUUGUUUAUGUUUUCAGAGUAUUGAAGGGAAUAUCGAGAGAAUUGUUAUAAUUUAUUUCAUUAUUAUUAUAUCAUUAUUACUUUUUCUUCUGUUGUUGUGCUCUUCGUUUUGUGCAUUAAAAUCAUAUUUUUUAAUCCAAUAAUUUUUUUUCUUUGUCUCCAAAAAAAUGAAAACGCGUGUCCAUCGCGAG